AUGGCGCAUCUACCGCACUUGCCACUCUCGCGAGACAUCAAGGACUUUAUCGUUUGCAGAGAAGCCAACAUUCCAAAGGAGGACGACCUCGCAUCCUUUACAGCGGCCUUGAAGAAUGUAAUGAUCCGUCAGACAAUGGCAACACUGCGAAACACUAGCAGUAUCGACGAUGCAUUGGCUUUGGGAGAACGUGUUGAAAUGAUGCAAAUCAGAUGGGACGACUUUCAUUUAUCCCAGAUGAUGUUAGAAAACAAACCCUGCUAUUCAACGAGAUACAUCCGAAAUGCAAGGUUCCACACGUACAGGUUAAUACUAGACAAUGCAAGCCAGCUGUCAGACCGGUUCGGAGUCGAUGUGGAAGUCACCAAGGCGUUUUUUGAGGCAAAAGCAGUGCACCUUCGAGAAUUCCUUGACAACCCCGAACCAUACGAAAACAUGGGAGGUGCGCACUUGCGCUUCAUUUGGAAUGGGCGGAACAGCGGAAUCUGGAGUUUUCUGUUGAGAGCAUCAGCUUGA